AUGGCUACCUUAAAUAUACAGAAUGCCCAAAAAAAAAUUCUCGGGGGCGUACAAUUUCAGCCCCCGAACUUAGUUCCUGGCUCCGUCCCUGAUUGUCGCCGCUUUUCACUAGCUGAGUUCCAAUUAGCCACUAGAAACUUCAAUGGUGGACUUGUAAUUGGAAGGGGUGGAUUUGGUAAAGUCUACAAAGGCCUCAUUGAUAAUGGACAAACAACUGUUGCUGUAAAGAGGUUAAAGUUGAGCUCCAGGCAGGGGGCGCAUGAGUUUCUGACAGAAAUUGAAACGCUUUCUCAGCUCCGACAUAUCAAUCUUGUCUCUCUAUUUGGAUACUGUAGUGAGCUCAGGGAAAUGAUACUUGCUUAUGAGCAUAUGGUUUGUGGUACACUGGCUGACCACCUCUACAAACUAGGAAGAUACAACAGCAAUCAUUCUUCUCUCAUUUGGAAGCAAAGGUUGAAUAUCUGCGUUGGAGCAGCACGAGGCCUUGACUAUCUUCACACUGGCCAUAGGGUCAUACAUCGUGAUAUAAAGGCUUCAAACAUCCUUCUCGAUGAAAAUUUUGUAGCCAAGGUUUCAGAUUUUGGCUUGGCCAAACCUGAAGACAGAUUAUUCGAACUUUGGAGUCUGCUAUGCAGCUCUAAGAAGCAGCAGGAUAGAGAACGAGGCAUGGCAGCUGGUGAUGGUGACGUCUGAUUCGCAUCUAGGUAAAUUCUUCUUAUUAGCAACUUCUUGUUCUGUUUCACCUUAUAGGUUCCUUGCGUUCUUAGAUUGAUGACAGUGAAGUGGACUGACUGUAGCUGAUUCAAAAUCUAAUUCUUUGGUUAUGAACUUGUGAAUUAUAUUAUUUGGUGCAGCAGCUACAUGGAGCUGUGUUUUCGGGCUUCAUCAUCAACAACGAGCUCUUGAAACAAAACUAAGCUAGUAAAAGAUAUUACAAUGUACAUAUAAAAACAAUAUUAUUACAGUGUACAUAUAGUUUUGCAAUGACUGCUAAAAAUAGUGUAAAAGAUACCACAACAUAUUAUACAAUAAACAGAAUUGCCAGCUUAUAUGGACUUGAUGGCUUGAAAAACGGAAACAAAUCAUCAAAUUCAAAAUACACAUCACUCAUCCAACGCAAAAUUCUAGCACAGCAACAAUGUCUGGCCAUGACGGAUUUCACACAAUAAGCGCCAAGCUCAGGAAGAACCUCAUAAGCCCAAGCCUGUAGAACAAAUACAAAACCACGAGCUUCGAGUCGAAGCUUAGCAUGUUUGCCUUCAUGACAAUAUUUAGCACUAAAAGUUCGCAGAAGAAGUUCAUCGUACGUAAGAGACCCCCAUGGAUAUUCAUUGAACUUUUCGAAAUCAUCCAUUAAGUGCAUAUAACCUAAUUCUACAUGGUUGUUCGAUCGAUCCUUAGUGACCAAUAGACAGACCAUAUAUAAUGCACAACAAAGCCAACGGCACACAUAAUUCAGAAUUACCACGACUCAUGUUGCACUCUUUUAGGAAACAUCUUUGAAUGUCAGAAAAAUUCAAAUUGGUUACGCCUU